ACUAAUCUUCCUUUAGAAAAAGCCACAAAUCUUAAAAUGGCAUCUUCUAUCAUCUCUCUCUUUGCAUUUUGUUGUGUGGGAUUAUCCCUAAUCUUAGCUCCAAUAUCUCCCACGGUUGCGAAAAGCAGCCCUCAGGACUUCGUCGAUGCCCACAAUGCCAUUCGUGCUGAGUAUGGUGUCGGGCCGGUCACUUGGAACAAAACUUUGGCAGAAUAUGCUCAAAAAUACGCGGAAACUAGGAUCGCUACCUGCGAGAUGGAGCAUUCUAUGGGACCUUAUGGUGAAAACUUGGCCGAAGCAUUCGAGACGACAACAGCAGAAUUGACCGUGAACUAUUGGGCAAGUGAGAAGAAGUUUUACAACCACCAAGCAAACAAGUGCGUCGAGGAAGAGUGUGGCCAUUUCCUUCAAGUCGUGUGGAAGGACACGACAUCGAUUGGUUGCGCGGAAGUUAAAUGCAACAACAACUAUAUUUUCACCAUUUGCAACUAUUAUCCUCCCGGCGGCUAUCCUGACCAACUUCCUUACUAAACUUGCAAAUUAAAUGAUCACAAAAUAACAGGGGUCAAGCCCGUAGUGAAUUUUGUAUUACUUUUUAUCAAGACCAUAAUUUUUUCCAGGUUAUGAUCUUGAAUUGUUUUAUAAUCUGUGAU